CCAGCGUCCUGAGGAAGCGGAGCAGGGGAGCCGCGGCCUCGGCUGUUGCCGUUGGCGCCGCGCCCGGUCGCCCUCCGCGGAAGGAGGCAGCGGCGCUUCAGAUUUGUUAGUAAAUGUAUAUCAAGCAGGCAGCCAAGGAUGAAGAAAGCAAGCCGGAUCGUUAGUUCGGUGCCCAAAGUGCCUGGAAUAACUAAAAUGCAAACAGUGGAGAAAGUUAAAACAGAGAACAGUUCUGCACCAUCUACAAUAACGAAACUUGCAAAAGCAGGAACAGCAGCAUCUUUCCUGAAGACAAAGAGCAGCGAUGAUCUUUUAGCUGGGAUGGCUGGAGGGAUUAAUAUCAGCAACGGUGUCAAGGGAAAGAAGAGCAUUUGUACCUCAACAGCACCUUCAGCUGCAGGGGCCGCAAUGAAUAGUGUGGAGAAUAAAUCGAAGCCCACUACAGGUACAAAUCCUGCAGCUAAGCGUAGCACUUCAUCUGGAAAUAAGGAAUCCAGCUCUUCUCGGGAAAGAAUUCGCGACCGUUCACGAUUGACUCAAAGCAAAAAAUUGCCGCUGACUGGGCAGACAGGCAGUGAUGUCCUUCUUGCAAAACGUUCCCGUAGCCGUGCUAAUCAAGAUUCUGACGUUCGAAUGAGCAAGUCAAAGUCAGACAAUCAGAUCAGUGAUAAAGCUGUUCUAGAGGCAAAAGUGAAAGAUCUUUUGGUGCUAGCCAAAACAAAAGAUGUAGAGAUUUUACACUUAAGAAAUGAACUAAGAGAUAUGCGUGCUCAGCUGGGCCUUAAUGAAGAUCAGUUUGAGGGAGAUGAAAAAUCUGAGGAUAAAGAAACUAUUGUUGUUCACCAGCCAACUGAUGUAGAAUCCACAUUACUGCAGUUGCAAGAACAAAACACUGCCGUACGAGAAGAGCUGAAUCAACUGAAAAAUGAAAAUCGAAUGUUAAAGGAUAGAUUAAACGCAUUAGGUUUUUCUCUGGAGCAAAGGUUGGAUAAUUCUGAAAAGCUAUUUGGUUACCAGUCUCUGAGCCCAGAAAUGACAACUGGAAGCCACAGUGACGGUGGGGGAACUCUUACGUCUUCAGUAGAAGGUUCUGCUCCUGGUUCAAUGGAAGAUCUUUUGAGUCAGGAUGAGAAUACUUUGAUGGACCAUCAACACAGUAACUCCAUGGAUAACUUGGACAGUGAAUGCAGUGAGGUUUAUCAGCCGCUCACUUCAAGUGACGAUGCUUUAGAUGCUCCAUCAUCUUCAGAGUCAGAGGGGCUGCCAAGCAGAGGAACAUCCAGGAAAGGGAGCAGCGGUAAUGCCAGCGAGGUAUCUGUGGCUUGUUUAACUGAGCGGAUACAUCAGAUGGAAGAGAAUCAGCAUAGUACAGCUGAAGAGCUUCAAGCAACUCUUCAGGAACUUGCAGAUUUGCAGCAGAUCACACAGGAGCUGAACAGUGAGAACGAAAGGCUGGGAGAAGAAAAGGUGAUUCUCAUGGAAUCCUUGUGCCAGCAAAGUGAUAAGCUGGAACACUUUGGCCGGCAAAUUGAGUAUUUCCGCUCUCUCUUAGAUGAGCAUCAUAUAUCGUACGUCAUUGAUGAAGACGUGAAAAGCGGACGAUACCUGGAGCUAGAGCAGCGUUAUAUGGACCUUGCAGAGAAUGCACGUUUUGAAAGAGAGCAGCUUCUGGGUGUCCAGCAACAUUUAAGCAACACUUUGAAGAUGGCAGAACAAGACAACAAGGAAGCCCAAGAGAUGAUAGGGGCGCUGAAGGAACGGAAUCACCACAUGGAGCGAAUCCUUGAAUCAGAGCAGAAGAGCAAGGCUAAUCUGGCAGCUGCCUUGGAUGAGUACAAAGCUACAGUCUCCAGUGACCAGAUCGAGAUGAACCGGUUGAAAGCACAGCUGGAACACGAGAAGCAGAAGGUAGCCGAGCUGUAUUCGAUACACAAAUCUGGCGAUAAAUCAGACAUACAGGAUUUGCUAGAAAGCGUCAGGCUUGACAAAGAGAAAGCAGAGACAUUAGCCGGCACCCUACAAGAAGAGCUUGCUCGUACACGUAAUGAUGCCAAUCGUCUCCAAGAUACCAUUGCAAAGAUAGAAGAUGAGUAUAGAGCUUUCCAAGAAGAAGCCAAAAAGCAAAUUCAGGAUCUGAAUAUGACUUUAGAAAAGCUACGCGCAGAUUUGGAGGAGAAAGAAACAGAAAGGAGUGAUAUGAAAGAAACCAUAUUUGAACUGGAAGAUGAAGUGGAACAGCAUCGAGCAGUGAAACUCCAUGACAACCUCAUUGUAACGGAUCUGGAGAACACAGUUAAGAAGCUUCAGGAUCAAAAGCACGACAUGGAAAGAGAGAUCAAGACUCUGCACAGGCGGCUUCGGGAAGAGUCUGCAGAAUGGCGGCAGUUUCAAGCAGACUUGCAGACUGCUGUGGUCAUUGCGAAUGACAUAAAAUCUGAAGCACAGGAAGAAAUUGGAGACUUAAAGCGCAGGCUGCAUGAGGCUCAAGAAAAGAAUGAAAAGCUCACAAAGGAGUUAGAGGAAAUAAAAUCACGCAAGCAAGAAGAGGAGCGGGGCCGAGUUUACAACUACAUGAAUGCUGUUGAAAGAGACUUAGCAGCGCUGAGGCAAGGCAUGGGACUGAGCCGCAGAUCCUCCACUUCUUCGGAACCGACUCCCACUGUAAAAACACUCAUCAAGUCCUUUGACAGCGCCUCACAAGUUCCUAGUCCUGCUGCAGCUGCAAUUCCUCGAACUCCACUAAGCCCAAGUCCUCUGAAAACCCCUCCAGCAGCUGCAGUCUCUCCAAUGCAGAGACAUUCCAUAAGUGGACCAAUAUCUACUUCAAAACCCCUUGCUACUUUAUCAGACAAAAGGCCAAGCUAUGCAGAAAUUCCAGUUCAAGAUCAUUUGCUGAGGACUUCUUCAGCCAGCAGACCAGCUUCUCUGCCAAGAGUUCCUGCUAUGGAAAGUGCUAAAUCUCUCUCGGUGUCUCGCCGAAGCAGCGAAGAAAUCAAACGGGAUAUUACUGCUCCCGAUGGAACAUCUCCAGCCUCCCUCGUAGCGAUUGGGACCGCUUCGCCACAACUAUCCCUCUCGUCUUCACCGACAGCAUCUGUCACUCCUACCACACGGAGUCGAAUCAGAGAGGAAAGGAAGGACCCGUUGUCCGCCCUGGCGAGAGAGUACGGAGGUUCCAAGAGAAACGCCUUACUGAAGUGGUGUCAGAAGAAAACGGAAGGCUAUGAGAAUAUUGAUAUCACAAACUUCAGCAGCAGUUGGAACGAUGGCUUGGCUUUCUGUGCUGUCCUCCAUACUUACCUCCCGGCGCAUAUUCCCUACCAGGAGCUGAACAGUCAGGACAAGAGAAGAAACUUCACACUGGCUUUUCAGGCAGCUGAGAGCGUGGGCAUCAAAUCCACUUUGGAUAUUAAUGAAAUGGUACGAACGGAGCGUCCAGACUGGCAGAACGUUAUGCUGUAUGUCACAGCGAUUUACAAAUACUUUGAAACCUGAGAGCAGAAACAGUGAGGAGAAGCACAAACUCAAGACUGUACCCUAAAUCUGGCUGGCCUCUUCUGGUGAACCCUUCUGGUCGGUUGGGUGAGCCAGGUUUAGUUGCCAGAGGGAUCGGGCAAACUCCAGAUUAAGUGUUACAAAGAUUUCGUCCUAUUCUUGCCAGAGACUAAAUUGAAUAUAAGCUGCAGAAAGCACAUGACUAAAGAAGGUGGUCUGAUUGUAUCACAAAGACCUUUCUUUAGAAAAUAUUCCUAAUGGUUCAGUAAAUACUAUUUCUGCGACACCACAGUGCCCCCCAGAGCAGAAGCAGCAGCUCACCAUAACCUUGUCGCAGCCGUAUGCUGUGUCCAUCUCUUCCACUAAAAGAAGUGCAAAGGUGCUUGCCACUCACCUGAUUGGAGACGGUGUCAAAUCUGGGCCACGUGCGGCAAGCAAGAGCAGCAGUCCCACUCGGCCGAAGGAUCCGUGUCUUAACGCUGCCUCUUCCGGAGCGUCGAUUGUAAGAAAGGGUGCUGCCUUAGUUAACAGGCAGAAUCUGGGAGACCAUGUAGAUUGUCCCCAAAUUUCAGGAGAUAGGCUGACCUUUCCUUCGGAAAAAUGCUUUCAGAAGAAUUAACUUUUUUUCUUUGUGAAUUUUCUUUCGGGUAGUGCUCUGGAUAUGCUUGUUUCAGAUGAAGAUGUUUGGGUCGCAGGACAGGAUAAGCUCUUCAAAAAAUGGUCAGCAAUAAGGUCUUGCCCCUAUGGGGUGUGCAGAUAGCUUUGCAGCUUGUUCACCUGCUUAGCUGGUAAAAGCAGCAGCUGCUGGUGCUGCUGCUGCUGCUACAUACUGGGUUCAAUUUAAAGGGGUUUCUGUGGGUUUCCUGGGCAGCUUAUUUAAAUAAAUGACGCAUGCCCUGCAGGAGGGCUCGGCAGGCUAUACUUAUUAGACUAAAACUGAUCUUAGUUUAAUAGUGGGAUUAACGCUGAUGAGGACACGGAAGAACAACUCGGGAGGCUUCUCCCAUGACUUCAGAUCAGCCCGGCCUGACGCUGCGAAUGGAGGCAAGUGCCUUACUUGGCCCUGAAUUGAGAGGAGCCGCAGCUCAAGCCCAGCGCCAAAGACCCGGCGGUCCCAUGGAGUGUCUGGUAGAGCAGCGGGAUGACUUGGAGAAGACGCAGUUCUAGAAUUCGGUCUUGGGCAAUUUAAGGAGGCAUCUGCAGCCACCUUCACUUUCCUGGAUGCGCCAAGUGGCAAUCUGCUCGCUUCUGAGGAAAAUGCAUUGCCUUCCUUUUUAAAAACAAAGUCUGUUGCCUUUUGUUUGUAAAUGUACUUUGCUUUUCCCCACUAGAUGUAAUUUUGCAUUCUUCUGUGUGCCUGGCACUCUUCAAGGACACUUCUGAAUGUUGCUGGUGUACGAGCUGUCAAGAAUGUAAUCCAGUGCCAAAAUUUAGCAUUGAAAGCUCCCCGGACAGGCAUUAAACCAAACUGUCCUGAGGCAAGUCAAAAUGAACUCUGGAGAAUGUAGCAAGGAGGUUUUCUUGUGCCUUUGCUGGUCUCUUGUAUGUCAUCCACAGUGCAAAAACAUGUUACAAAUGUCACAACUCUAAGCUGCCUAGCAGGUUCCCCAUGUAAAUGCUCAAUUUCUGUUUCUGGUUUUCCUCAAGGAUUCCUGCAAAUCCUGAUGAAUUUGCCUUGUUCUUACCACAGAGAAUCAUAUUGCAGAAAAUACAAGUAGAACUUACUCUAUACCCGUCCCCCAGGCGUUUUUCUGUUUGUCUUAAAAUGAGACUUUGAAGCCAGGUCAUCGUCACCAUUUAACCCUCUCUGGAUGUGGUGGAAAAGGAAGGCCGCUAAGUCCCUUCUUUGAGACUCCUGUGAUGCCUCGUGCCCCCAUCCCCAACCCCCCAGAUUUAUUGCAUCCUAAAAGACCUUUAUUUUUCUUCUAAGCAAAUGCCGACCUAUUGUGGCCCAGGGAAAGUGAGGAGUUUUAAGCAGAAACCUCUCCAGGAAUUCUCACUCUGGGCUUCAAGGGGGGCAGGCGGGGUGGAAAAGGAGGUGUCGGUGACGGGGGGAUGUGGAAGGACCCCCGUCCUGCUUUCUUGCAGUGAUGAUCUGUAACUUUUGAUGAUCGAAUUCAGAUCCUCCCACACACAAAAACAUGAUUUGAUCAAGGCAAGCACUCUCAAGGGUGAAGAGAGCCUAAAGACAAGCUGCUGCUUCUACAGCGGAAGAACAGCUCACAGGGAAACUCUUCGUGAGAUUAUCUAUUUAAGCAUUCUUGAAUUCUUUAGCCACCUUAUAAAAACCAACUAACUUAUGUUAAAGUAUAUUCUUGUUACUUUUGUCUUAUUAAAUAUUUUGAAUAUGCUGUAAAA